GAAAUACAACUUUGUUUCACAUAAAAAACCCAAAAUAAUUUUAAAAUUGGUUGCACAUAAAAACAAACCGAAAUUCCCCUAGUGUCAAAAGAGCGCGAAAGUCAUGUCAACAGGUUAGUUUUAGUAUUGGAAAAUGGACGAAAUUAACGAGAAAUACCGCCCCCAGCGGGACCCCAAGUCGGCAAAAAAGCCCACGGACUUUUCACGUGAAGAAACCUCGGAGGUGAGACUCCGCCAAGUGAUCGAAAAUGACACCAUCGAUGCGAAAUACGGAUUUGAGCGAGUCCGGGAUAACUUAGAAAGGACCGGAUUUUUAUUAAACAUGCAUGCGAGCGAGAUUUUAGAUGAGGAUAAGAGACUGGUGGCAGCUGUUGAUUUCUAUUUCAUGGAAGAGGAUGGGGCCCGUUUCAAAGUGUCGUAUUGCUACAUGCCGUAUUUUUACAUUCUAACACGACGGGAGCUAAUCCAGGAAGUGACACAAUUCCUCACAAAAAAAUUCUCAGGCACAAUUGGGAAAAUCGAAGUUGUCACAAAAGAGGAUUUGGAUUUGCCAAAUCAUUUAAUCGGUUUACAACAAAAAUACAUAAAAUUGUCGUUUUUCAACCAAACUGAUUUAAUCAAAGUCAGGAAAGAGAUUGUGAAAGUUGUGAAGAAGAACAAAGAGAGGGAAAGCGCAAAAACUUUUUAUACUGAAAUGUUGACGGACAUUUUAGCCGAUAAGGGGGCCCACACUACCAAGACAAAGACCGAUCAAAUGGAAAAUAUCCUAGAUAUUCGGGAAUAUGAUGUUCCCUACCAUGUGCGUGUCUCAAUCGACUUGAAAAUCUUCUGUGGGCUAUGGUACACAGUUAAAGGCAAGGGGGCCACCACUGAGCCCCCUAUCAUCACCCAAAGACCCGAUUUAAUCGAGCGCCCUGAGCCCAUAGUCCUCGCAUUUGACAUCGAAACAACCAAACUUCCCCUCAAAUUCCCCGACGCACAAACCGACCAAAUUAUGAUGAUUUCGUACAUGAUUGACGGUCAAGGUUUUCUUAUAACAAAUCGUGAGAUUCUCUCGUCGGACAUUGAGGAUUUUGAGUACACCCCAAAGCCGGAAUUUGAGGGAAAAUUCACGAUUUUUAACGAAAAAAACGAAAUGACUUUGAUUCAGCGAUUCUUCGAUCAUAUAAUGGACGUGCGCCCCCAUGUUUUUGUCACUUACAACGGGGAUUUUUUCGAUUGGCCUUUUGUUGAGACUCGCGCCGCCACCUAUGAUCUCGAUAUGAGACAGGAGAUUGGGUUUGGGAAGGACCGAAAUGAUGUUUAUUCUUGUCGACCUGCCAUUCACAUGGAUUGUUUGUGUUGGGUAAAACGGGAUUCUUACUUACCGGUAGGGUCGCAUAAUUUGAAGGCGGUAGCUAAGGCGAAAUUGAGGUAUGACCCCGUGGAGUUGGACCCUGAGGAGAUGUGCCCCCUGGCAGUCUCCCAGCCUCAAGUCCUCUCGAAUUACUCAGUUUCGGACGCUGUUGCCACUUAUUAUCUUUAUAUGCAAUAUGUGCACCCUUUUAUUUUCGCCCUUUGUACGAUUAUCCCUUGUGAACCGGAUGAAGUUUUACGAAAAGGCUCAGGAACACUUUGUGAGGCCCUUUUAAUGGUUGAAGCCUUUCAUUGUAAUAUAAUCUUCCCGAAUAAGGAGGAAACCGUCCUUAAUAAAUUGACAGAUGAUGGUCACGUGCUACACCAAGAAACUUACGUUGGUGGCCAUGUGGAGGCGCUCGAAUCGGGGGUUUUUCGUGCCGAUUUACCUUGUCGUUUCCGGUUAGAAACCGACGCUUUGGAUAAAUUAAUCGGACAAGUGCCUAAAACCCUCACACAUGCGAUUGAAAUCGAAGAGGGCGUGCCCUUAUCUGACGUCACGAAUCUUGAUGAAGUGACCAAUGAAAUUGUCGCAAAAUUGACAGCUUUGAAGGAACAACCAAUGAGAUUGGAGCGUCCGUUGAUCUAUCAUUUGGAUGUGGGGGCUAUGUAUCCGAAUAUUAUUUUAACCAAUCGGUUACAACCGUGUGCAAUCGUCGAUGAGACAAUCUGCGCCGCCUGUGAUUUUAAUAAACCGGGAGCGAGAUGUCAACGAAAUAUGGCGUGGAUGUGGAGGGCGGAGUUUAUGCCAGCGUCGCGGAAUGAGUACCACCGCAUCCAGCAACAACUCGAGACUGAGAAAUUCCCCCCGCAGUACCCCGGGGGGCCCCAACGUGCCUACCAUCAACUCUCGAAACAAGAACAAGCCGAUUUGGAGAAAAAACGUCUCACUGUUUAUUGUCGCAAAGUUUAUAAAAAAGCAAAAGUCACUAAAAUCGAAGAACGGACUACUACGAUUUGUCAGAAGGAGAAUUCGUUUUAUGUGGAUACAGUUCGGGCGUUUCGUGAUCGCAGGUAUGAGUAUAAGGGUUUGUCGAAAAAGGCAAAGCAGGCCGUGGCUGAGGCUAUCAAAGGUGGCGAUGCGGCCGAAAUCAAGUCGGCCAAGAAUAGGGAAGUGCUCUAUGAUUCGCUCCAAUUGGCCCACAAGUGUAUUUUGAAUUCGUUCUAUGGCUACGUGAUGCGAAGAGGGGCACGUUGGCACAGUAUGGAAAUGGCAGGAAUCGUGUGUUACACGGGUGCCAACAUAAUAAUGCGCGCCCGUGAGAUAAUCGAAAAGGUUGGCAGACCUUUAGAACUAGACACUGACGGUAUUUGGUGCAUUCUCCCGGCUUCAUUCCCCGAAAAUUUCACCAUUCAUACCAACCACACGAAAAAAAAUAAAAUUAUAGUCUCGUACCCUAACGCCGUACUAAAUGCCAUGGUCAAGGAACACUUCACCAACGACCAAUACCACGAACUAAUCGAUCCAGAAAAACUCAUCUUCGAGGAACGCUCCGAAAAUUCAAUUUUCUUCGAAGUUGAUGGCCCCUACAAGGCCAUGGUACUACCAGCCUCAAAGGAGGAAGGGAAAAAACUGAAGAAACGCUACGCCGUGUUCAAUUUCGAUGGUACUUUGGCCGAAUUGAAAGGUUUUGAGGUUAAACGUCGUGGGGAACUCCAACUGAUCAAAAAUUUUCAAUCGUCGGUGUUUGAGGCGUUCCUCAAAGGUGACACUUUGGAGUCCUGUUACGGGGCUGUGGCCCAAAUCGCCGAUUAUUGGUUGGAUGUUCUGUUUUCGCAUGGUCGCAAUAUGCCCGAUUCGGAAUUGUUCGAUUUGAUUUCGGAAAACCGAUCAAUGUCGAAGAAACUCGAAGAGUAUGGGGAGCAGAAAAGCUCCUCGAUUAGCACCGCUAAGCGUUUGGCGGAGUUUUUGGGCGAUCAAAUGGUCAAAGAUGCCGGUUUGGCGUGUAAAUAUGUCAUUGCGAGGAAACCAGAUGGGGCACCGGUCACAGAAAGAGCCAUCCCUUUGGCCAUUUUCCAGUCGGAAAUCAGCGUCCAGCGUUACUACCUACGCAAAUGGCUCAAAGACAAUUCCAUAACCGAAGUCGACAUUCGUGAAAUCCUCGACUGGAACUACUACAUCGAGCGUCUGGGGGGCGCAAUCCAGAAAAUCAUUACAAUCCCGGCGGCCAUGCAAGGAGUACCCAAUCCGGUACCACGUGUACGCCAUCCUGAUUGGCUCCACAAGAAAAUGCUCGAAAAGAACGACACUUUCAAACAACGUCGCAUCACCGACAUGUUUAAACCUCAAAUACGCGACAUUGAGGAUUUUGGUACCACUUCUGGUACCACCGAAAAACGCCCAAUUGUGACAACAGUCAAGCGAAAACGUGGUUCCGACGAGUCAGAAUUCGACGAGGAGGAUCUGGGCAAGACUUGGCGCGAGGUUAUGGGGAACCCGCCCCCUUAUGGUAGUACCAAACAGCACCACGUGGCUUGGAUAGCCUUCCAGAAGCGCAAAUGGCUCUUCCAGGCCUUGCAAAGGAACCAAGGGACGCGAAACAGGAAAAAGGUCAAGUCAAGUGCUUCGGUUUUGCGUAGUACCACGAGUGGUACCUUGGGAGGGUUCCUGCAACGGGCCCAAAAGACUCUUUUGACGCUCCCGUGGCAGAUUAUUCAAGUGGUUCCAAUGCCAACGCCAGGGGAGUAUAAAUUAUGGGCGUUGGUACUCAACGAACUCCACCAAAUUAAGUUGGUAGUACCGAGGAUUUUCUACGCCAACUUGAAAGAACCAAAAGUGGUGGAAGAAGGGGCUCUUUUCCGGAAAUGUAACAGGACUUUGCCCCGCACACGACAAGUGUUCAAUUUGUACAUGUAUAGUGUUCCCGAGGAAGUGUUCCAAGAACACGGCCGAAAGUUGUACCUGGACCAGACUGAUCCCAAUGUUGAGGGUGUCUAUGAGACACAAGUGCCCCCCUUGUUUCGGACUUUUGUCCAAAUUGGGUGUUUAUGUAAGGUGGUACCGGGGGUGUCAAGUUUGGAAAGUUUCUCAUUGGAGGAUUUGGAUAUGUGUAUGGGGCGACAGCAGUACCUGGUGAAGGAUUCCGUGAAAAGGUUGUAUUUUUAUCAUCAUCGACAUCCCAGUAAGCCGCAGCACAUGUUUGGGUUGUUUUUAACCCCUUUGAAGAAGGCUGUGGUGGUGGUUGUUGACACGGUCAAGACGAAUUUAAUGCCGAAUUUGACCAAGUUGUAUCAAGUCGAGCGAGUGGCAAAGAAGGAAAACGGCUGUGAAGAUGACUCUCUCCCACCCGACACCCUCACCUUCGAGAUCCGCAUCGAGACCGACCUCCACCACGUGUACAAAACCCUCCAAAAGGCCCUCCAACUGUACAAAGACGAAAAACGUGGUCCAACCCUCCUUGCCAUCCAAUCAUCCCUUGAAACCCCAACUUUACGUUCACACAUCCCCUCAUUCUCCGACUUCCCCCAGGUGCAAAUCCACGUGCAAGACCUGGAGGACCUCUACAACGUGUUAGACUGGCAACAAGUCGGCGCACGUGCCCUCAUCCGUCACUACCUCAACAGCGAAAAAGUCCUCGAUUUAAUGAUCGAACAAAGUCGCUAUUUCCACCUCCCGGUGGGGAACAUGCCCCCCGAUCCGGCCCCCUUCGGCUGCGACCUCUUCUACGCCCGCCACUUAACCAAACACAACCACGUUUUGUGGUGCUCCCCACAAGACAAGCCCGAUUUGGGGGGCGUCGAAGAGAACGAUUCGCGAUUAUUGGCCGAGAAUCAAGAGGGCUCAAGUGAGGUGUGCAAUAUUCCAGGGUGGUACUCGAGUGUUUGUGUCGAGUUGGAUAUUGACAGUUUGGCGAUUAAUACGCUCCUGCAGUCGCAUCACGUGACCGAUAUUGAGGGCACUAGUGCUGCGACGGCCUUCGAUGCGGCCACAGCCACCUCAUUGGAGGAUUUAGUUGGGGAUAAUUCGACGGUUUAUGACGAAACGGCCCGAUGUGCUGAAGCCUUCAAGGUGUUGAGGGCUAUGGCGAGCACUUGGAUGCGGGAUAUUUCGUUGUAUCGGAAUGUUUUCGCCGAUUUUCAAGUUGUUCAUUUCUAUCGGUGGUUGAGGUCGCCCAAAGCCCUACUCUAUGAUCCCGCAUUGUUGCGAACGUUGCAGAAUUUGAUGAAGAAGUUGUUCUUGCAACUUGUGGCAGAGUUUAAGCGACUCGGAUGUACGAUUAUCUAUGCGAAUUUUAAUAAGAUUGUUAUUUGUUCGAAGAAGAGGUGUGUCGAGGAUGCUUUGGCGAAUGUUGAGUUUGUGGUGACUUCGAUUCGGAAUAAAGAAUUGUUUCAUUCGUUGGAGAUUACGUUUAGACAGUGUUGGGAGUGUUUGGUGUGGUUGGAUUUGGCGAAUUUUGCUGGGAUUCAAGGAAAGUUACCGGAGAAUCUCACAGAGGAGGAAAAUCAAGGGCAAGAUGAUGAUGAGCCGACCGUUGUCAUGAAUUGGAACCUGGCGGAGCGCCUCCCCGAAACAGGGGGCUGUCGGGCCAGCUUCAACGCCGUAAUCGCCGGCUACAUCAACGCCAUCUAUACCAAAAUGAAACAAACCGAAAAUAGAAUCGCAAGGGCUGUUUUAAGCCAACCCUCGUUUGGAAUCGGAGCCAACGAAGAUGUCGCACAAUACGCAAAAGACAUCCUUUCGGGGGAAAUCACCCAAAAACUAUUCCAGGUCACUGAACGGAUCAACAAUCGCCUUAAACCCCUUCCGGACGGCACCAGUCCGGCCCUGGAAUUCAUCAAGGCCAUUUGCCAGGUCCUGGGCCUUGACUCGGUAAUGAAGGAAACUGUAAUGCAUCUCAAGGCCAACUUAUUGCGACUUGUUGGGGUGGGGGAGUUUUCGGAAAAGGCCGAAUGGAGGGACACUUCGGUGUCUUAUGUGAUUCCCCAGAUUAUUUGCAAGGCUUGUAAUCAUUGCAGAGAUAUUGAUUUAGGGCGGGACGCGUAUCGAUCAGAGACGGCAUGGGUGUGCCCCUUGUGCACAGCCCCCUAUGAUAACGCCGAAAUGGAGCUGUUUUUGCUCGAUACAAUUAAUAAAAAAUUUCUCGCGUACAAUUUGCAAGACUUACAAUGCAAAAAAUGCGCCCAAAUUAAACUCGAAAAUUUGAUUUUUCGUUGUCAAUGCGCGGGUGAAUUCAAAUGUUUAAUCUCGCGGAGCGAUUUACUGAAAUUGAUUGAAACGUUUCAGCACCUUGCUGAAACUUUCAACAUGUCAGCUUUGCAGGAAAAUACUGAACAGAUCCUGAAGUUGGUUUAAGUGUGAAUAAAACAAGUUUUUAAUUUUG